UACAAAUCUUUAAAAAUAAAAUUAGAAUGAAAUUAGGCGCUUCUUCGUAGAACCUUCUUCUUCCUCCCUGUCGCCGGCCUGUUAACGCUUCUCGGACGGAUUUUUCUAUAUAUUUAUCUCUCUACUAUUAUACACUACACACACUAUCUCUAUACAUAUUUUUCUCCUAAUUUAUGUAAUCUACUCAGCUUUGCUGUUCAAAUCAGUACACGAUUCGAUUCGCCGACCGAUUGUUUUAUCUGGUACAAUUAACUGCAAUUUUCCUUCUUCCCCCCCAUAUGUGUCUGAGCAUCUUACAUUUGAUUCAUUGAGCUGUAUACAGUUGGCUCUUUUUUUGAAGUGUUGAGAUGGGAUCUGUAGGGGAUAAGUUAGACAUUGAAUCUGAUGAGGAGAUCCCAUUUAGUUCAUCUGAUGCUACAAAUAAGACAGAGAGUUUGCAUUUUGAGUCAGCUCAUAUGGCGUCGCCUAGAAGUUUUUACUCGUCGAGAGUCUUGAGGAAGAUGCAUCAGAUCAGCUAUUUUAGGAGUAUAUACAUUGUGAUACUUAAAGCAAAGAUCAAUGUUUUGCUUCCUUUUGGACCAUUGGCGAUACUGCUACACUAUCUUACGAAAAAACAUGAGUGGGUGUUUUUCUUCAGUUUGGUGGGCAUUACACCCUUAGCUGAGCGUUUGGGUUAUGCGACUGAGCAGCUUGCAUUCUAUACAGGGCCUACAGUUGGGGGCCUUCUAAAUGCUACAUUUGGCAAUGCGACUGAAAUGAUAAUCUCAUUAUAUGCAUUGAAUAAUGGGAUGAUGACGGUUGUUAAACAAUCCUUGCUGGGUUCCAUUUUAUCAAAUAUGCUCUUGGUGCUUGGAUGUGCCUUCUUCUGUGGUGGGAUUGUUCAUCACCAGAAAGUCCAGGUUUUCAGUAAGGCAACUGCCCUCGUGAACUCAGGAUUGUUAUUGAUGGCAGUCAUGGGCUUAUUAUUUCCCGCUGUACUUCAUUUCACCCACACAGAAGUGCAUUUUGGGAAGUCAGAGCUGGCUCUUUCAAGAUUUAGCAGUUGCAUAAUGCUGGUGGCAUAUGCAAGUUACCUAUUUUUUCAGCUCAAGAGUCAACCAAAUCUAUAUAGAUCAAUUGAUGAGGAUAGAGAGAAUAAUGCUGAAAAUUCUGAUGAAGAAGAGGCUCCUGAGAUAACACAAUGGGAAGCUAUAGGGUGGCUUGCUAUUUUGACAGUAUGGAUAUCUGUGCUAUCUGGGUAUCUUGUUGAUGCCAUAGAGGGAGCAUCCGACUCGAUGAACUUGCCUGUGUCCUUUAUUAGUGUCAUCUUGCUUCCAAUUGUAGGAAAUGCUGCAGAACAUGCAAGUGCAAUCAUGUUUGCAAUGAAAGAUAAGCUUGACAUUACACUUGGAGUUGCGAUUGGGUCCUCUACUCAGAUAUCAAUGUUUGUGAUUCCAUUUUGUGUUGUUGUUGGUUGGUUCAUGGGAAAACCAAUGGACUUGAACUUCCAAUUGUUUGAGACUGCUACACUCUUUAUCACAGUGCUAGUCGUGGCAUUUAUGCUGCAGGAAGGAACAUCAAACUAUUUUAAGGGGUUGAUGCUUAUCCUAUGCUAUCUCAUUGUUGCAGCAAGUUUCUUUGUACAUGUUGAUCCAUCCAAAGAAGGGGAAUAAGUAUGCUCUGGGUGGUGAUACUCAUGCCUCGGCAAAUGAACUCCUCGAUUACUGGCGAUGAAUCAAAAGUGACGAGCCUAACAAGCUGCACUCAGCCCAAGUGUUGGCUAAAUCUAGAGUGAAUGGUGUGGUGGUGAAGUGGUAGAUGGGUUCUUCUUAUAGAUGGAACACUCAAGACGGUUGGUGAACCAUUGACUUCUUCAACGUUUAUCCAUGUUGUAUAAUUUUCUUUAUCAAACAAACAAAUUCAAAUCCUUCCUUGCAGUAUAUUGAAGCUGAUUUUAUAGUUUCCACUUGGAGAUAAUUUGUAGAAGCAUGGAGGCCAUAAUACUAGCUUCCUUUUCUUUUGCUUUGGGAAUACCAUUCAAAAUGUAACUAUUGACCCCAACUUGCUUUUGGGGCUGAGGCGUAGUUAUAGUUGUUAAAUUGUUGUAGCUUAUUCCUAUAUUUCCAUAGUGGUGAACGAUCCUCAAAUUGGGAUCGAGGUGUAAUUGUUAUAAUGUAUCCUUAAAAAGAAGAAAUUCUUACACAAUGUUGAUGUACUGGAUUAUUCAGUUUUGUGCAUAGUACUGUUUUUCCUGUGUGGA